CAAUUGUACGGGCCUAGCCCACGGCCUUUGGCAAAAUGGCGCUCAGACAAGCAGCACGCAGGCGCAGACGCAGCCGCCGGCCCCCCUUCGAUUGAGCCCAGGAACCGCCCUCUGAUAGGGGACGCCCAUGUGACCCGAAGUCUAUAUCUACACGGGUCCCGGCCGCUGCCCGCCUCGCCGAAGCCUCAAACUCAAACUCUUCUCUCCAGCUCCUCCACAUCCAGCAAUUUAUCUAUAUCGUUGACCAUCUGUCGAUUCUCUUUUCUUUUGCUUCUUUUGCCAACUCUUGCAACUUGAAUUCGAGAAUCUUGACGAAUCCUCAUAAAUUACGGAUCUUCGUUCUUCAUUACUUCAACUGCAACCAAUCGCCCAAGAUGAACACCAGCACCGUCAAGAGCCGCUUCCUCUCACACCCCGAGGACCUCGGUGUUGUCACCGUGGGCUUUUCUGGUGGUCAGCCAAAAGCUGGUGUUGAUGCAGGCCCCACCGCUCUCAUCGAGUCUGGUCUCUUGACCCAGAUUCAAGAGGAGCUCGGCUACAAGCUGUACGGCGACGAGAAGGUCCAAAACUACAAGGACCUGACUCCUGCCUCCGACCCCGAUUAUCGCGGCAUGAAGAACCCCCUCCUCGUCUCGGCCGUCACCCGAAAGAUUGCCUCCGAUACAUACGAGCACUCCUCCAAGGGUCGCCUUACCCUGACGCUCGGUGGUGACCACAGCAUUGCCAUCGGCACCAUUGCCGGAACUGCCAAGGCUACCCGUGAGCGUCUGGGCCGCGAAAUCGGCGUCAUCUGGGUGGACGCCCACGCCGACAUCAACACUCCCGAGACGAGCGGCAGUGGUAACAUCCACGGCAUGCCUGUCGCUUUCCUCACCGGCAUUGCCAAGGAGGAGAAAGAAGAGUACUUUGGCUGGAUCGAGGAAGCCAUGCGUCUGAACGUCAAGAAGCUGGUGUACAUUGGUCUGCGUGAUGUGGACGCUGGCGAGAAGCGUAUUCUGAGAGAGCAUGGCAUCAAGGCCUUUAGCAUGUUCGACGUUGACCACCACGGAAUUGGACGCGUCAUGGAAAUGGCCCUUGCUUACCUUGGCGACGAGACCCCCAUCCACUUGUCUUUCGACGUGGAUGCUCUCGAUCCCAUGUGGGCGCCCAGCACCGGCACCCCCGUCCGAGGCGGCCUCACCCUCCGCGAGGGUGACUACAUCUGCGAGGUUGUCCACCAGACAGGCAACCUGGUCGCCAUCGACAUGGUGGAAGUCAACCCCAGCCUUGCAGCCACCGAGGCCGGAGCGCAGGAAACUGUGAGAGCCGGCUGCUCCCUAGUGCGAUGCGCGCUCGGUGAGACCCUGCUGUAGGCCAGCGGAGAGAAUAGCACCUUUGGUCAAGUAAGGUAGAGAAUGGGGUUUUGUGGAACUGUUUUGAUUCUGGUUUGAUUAUUGCUGAAACAGAUACCUUGUGUGCAAUGGAUGGGAAUGGGACAGGAAACGGCAUGAUUUGUUUGAAGUCCGUUUUCGAUGGCAAGAAAAAA